UCUACCCCUGACUCAUUGCCAGACCUAGGCCAGGUCACGGCCCUGCUCCGAGCUCCAGUUUUCCCAUCGAUCUCCCGGGGAAGGGCCAGGAGAUUUGCCCCUGCUGUGAAGCACUGUGAGAGCUGGAAAUAUCGACUAGGGAGGGUAACCGGCCGAUGCAGGAGGCCACAGUCCAUGAUCACAAUGGUCCCUGCUGGCCUGGGACCCUGGCUGGGGCUCGCUGCGCAGAAGGACUGAGCCCGAGGGCUGGUCCGGGGUCACCCCAGGGACUGCGGGGUUCACGGGCCUUUACCCCAGCCAGGAUCUGGGCAGUUAGCGAGAGCAGCCCCGUUCCGCCGUCGACUUAGGAUUUACCUCCGGUGCCGGGGGAAGCGAUUCAGCUGCACACCGGCCGGGGAGAGGCAGGGAGCGGGUCCUGCUGCUCGCGGUGCCCGAGCCCCGCGGAGUCGAGUCGGCGCCGGGGGCAAGCUCCCUGGCCUAGUUUGCCCCGUUCCCGCUGGAAGAGCAGAAAGCCGGGCCAGGAGGGAGAGGCCAGAGCCGGUCUGCGCUGGAGACAGAGCUGCGGGAUCCCCUCCGGCAGGGCAGGCACCGGCUGACGCUGAGGUUUCUGGUACGUCGAGACAUCAUGAUCAAGGCUUCGAUGAGUUCUGGGAAGGCGACUCUCUUCCACCAGGAUCUGCAGAGUGGGGUCACCUACCGGAUCCCCGCACUGCUGUAUAUCCCCCCAGACACGCUCCUGGCAUUCGCGGAGAAGCGCUCCUCUGCCAGGGACGAGGACGCUGAGUACCUGGUGCUGAGACGAGGUCGGAAGACAGAGACUUCAGUUGAGUGGGGGCCCAGGGAGCCCUUGACGAGCGCAGUGUUACCGGGUCACCGCACGAUGAGCCCCUGCCCGGUGUACGAGCGGAAGAGUCAGACUGUCUUCCUGUUCUUCAUCUGCGUGAGGCAGCACGUCUCAGAGCAGUGGCAGAUCCGCACCGGGAAGAACGCCGCCCGGCUGUGCUACGUCUGGAGUGGAGACGCCGGCCGGACCUGGAGCUCGUUAACAGACUUGACUGAGCAGGUGAUUGGGGAAGACUUGAAAGACUGGGCCACGUUUGCAGUGGGACCAGGGCACGGUGUACAGCUCCGCUCUGGGCGACUGGUGAUCCCGGCUUAUACCUACCACAUUACAGCUCGCUGCUGCCACCUGCCGCUGCCCUGGGGGACCCAACCCCGGUCCUUGGUCUUUUAUAGUGAUGACGGCGGGCAGCACUGGCACAAGGGUGAGCUGAUUGAGGGCAUGAAGACAGUGGAGUGCCAGGUGGCUGAGGUGGCGUGCCAGGCCUGCGACCCCGUGCUGUACUGCAACGCCCGCACCCCCUGCCGGUGCCGGGCAGCAGCAUUCAGCACAGACCAGGGGCUCACAUUUGAGAGUCCCUCCUCAUGCAAGAAGCUGUGUGAGCCGCCUCACGGCUGCCAGGGCAGUGUGGUGAGCUUCACACCAACAACAGGGCUUCUGGAGGCAGAUGGCGCGGAAGGGCCAGACGCUUCAGCCUCCAAGAUGACCUGCCUGUUGAACGGUGAGAACGCCCCCUCCACCAUCCAAAGAACCACCGUGUCGUGGCUGCUUUAUUCCCACCCAACAAGUAAACGCAAGCGGGUCAAUCUGGGCAUCUACCUCAACCGCUCCCCAUUGAACGAGGCCAAGUGGGAGCACCCCUGGCUCCUGUACCAAGGGCCGUGUGGUUACUCGGACCUGGCUGUGUGCCAGGAGGCAUCAGCGCCACUCUUGUUUGGCUGCCUGUUUGAGUGCGGGGUGAAUCACGCGUGCGAGGAGAUCGCCUUCCAGUUCUUCUGCUUUGAAGGAUCUCCAAAGCUAAAAUCUGGAUAGCAGUGUCCUCCAGCGAAGUAAGCUCCCCCCUCCCGCACUCGGAGAUUCUCACCCCACGAGGCCUGGGCUUCCAAAAUCAGCCUCUUCUUUCGGGUGUCUCUGGUUCAGGGUCCAGGACUUCUAGGGGUCACUCCAUCUGAGAUUGAGAACUUGGCCACAGCCCAGGCAGCUGUGCCAGCCUCUCCAUGGCCGUCCUACUGAGGCACCACCACCCUGAGCCAGGUGCACCACUGCCAGGGGCCAAAACGCCUGCUGGUUAAAUCAGCUCCACAGGUUACACCAACUGAGGAUGUGGCCCAGAGUGAGGACUGCUCAGUCCAUACUCCACAGACCUGUCAAUCCUUGGUCCCUCUGCUGAGACUGCCAGGGGAGGUGGCACAUUCAGCUAGUGCUAAUGUGGGCAUUUGCCCUGGUUUUUGCAGUGCUGCUGUUGUAGCCGUGUUGGUCCCGGGAUAGGAGAGAGACAAGGGAGGGGAGAGAGACACACCGAGCUCUUCGCCAGGUCUGGGCAGGCUCCUCCCAGCGUCACAGCUCAAUGCCAGGUGGACAGAUUGUGAAACGUGAGGGAUUAACACAUGUUGCAAGAAGCCAUUCAAAACGAAGUGGGCAGCUGACACCUUUGCAGCCAUAGGACUGAGGAGAGUUGGUGGGUUACAGAGCGUUUUCAUGAGACACAAAACCGGGGUCUCUGUUGACUUAAGCUGGACCCCCAAAAUCACAGACUCUAAGGGACGCUGGUUUUAUGUCUCCUGACACCGAUCUGUAACCCACGAACUCUCCUUUGGAGAAGGAGAGCUCUGUGGAGCUCAAAAGCUUGUCACUUUCACCAACAGAAGCUGGUCCAAUAAAAGAUGUGCCCUGU